GGUUUUAGCACUGCGUCAAAUUAUUAUUUGUAGAUUCUGCUGCUCUGAAGAAGAACUGGACUAUAAUCUGUGGCUCUUGUAUUUACUUCCAAGAUGACUGGCGCUAAUGCAAUCCACGUUGCUGAGAAACCAAUGAGCAAGGAAGAGGAGGCACAACAACAACCUGCAGUUGAGAAUGGUGCGGCAGCCGUAGUUCUGCCACCGGCGGCAGCAGCCGGCCUGCCACCGUACUCAUCAGUCCUACUUCAACCGGUUGAACAAGGUCAAGGUUUCACUUCAGUUGCGUUCAACACACCGACGGCUGUUCCAGUUAAUACAGCUCCAGCGCCAGUAGAGAAAGCUCCCAGGGAUUAUUUGUACUUGGCUAUAUUCAGCACCAUUUGCUGCUUCUUUCCGGUUGGAAUAUUUGCCAUCGUCAAAUCAAGAGAUGUACAUAAGAAGUUCGGCCAGGGGCAAAGCAAGUCUGCCAACAAGGCGUCCCGCAAAGCUAAGUACCUGUCCAUUGCCGCUAUGAUCAUCGGCAUUCUCAUGUUCAUCGUUAUCGGGGCUGCUGUAUGGAACUACGAAGCACAUAUAAAUGAUGGUGUGGUAGAUAGUGACCAUCCAUUCAACGGUAUCAUUGAUGACGACUAGAAAAAAACACCUCGAGUGUUAAUAAAUAUCAUCAGGAAAAGAACAAAUAUUGUUGUUGGUAUUAUUAAUUAGAAGACAACGAAACGAUUGUUUUAUAAGCCUGAGUUUACUCUCUUUGAAGCUCAUAAAGAUGAUGGUGUGGCAGACAGUGACCAUCCUUUCAGUGGUAUCAUCGAUGAUGACUAUAGAAAAAAAAAUUUGUUCAGCUGCUUUAUUUACAACUCUUGAAUUCAUGGGGAAACUGUAAAACAACUUGUACAAAAAUGUACUGUUUUUAAACAGUUAUUAAUGCACGAUAGUUAUGAACGCACAACACUAAUUAUACCAACUAUUCUCUGUUGUCACUGAAGUUUGAGCACAUAAUGUCAUGAAAUUGUAAGAGGCUUCUUAAAUCUUAAACAAGAUUUUGCUUAUUAACU